GGAGUAAAACGAAAUUUUCUAUAAGUUAACCCUAACCCGGGACGAGUCGUUUCCCAGGCCUUUCGUCGCCACUGCUGAGUCGAAUUCUUGCUCCUUUCGCAACGCCGGCGAUCUUCUCCUUGCGGAAACCGAACUCGUCGAGCCGCAUCCAGAGACAUGAAGGUUAGAGCUUCAGUGAAGAAACUUUGUGAGUUUUGUAGGGUAGUUAAACGUCGUGGGAGAAUUUAUGUGUUAUGUACAAGCAACCCCAAACAUAAACAAAGACAAGGCAUGUCUACAUUUGCAUACGAGGGCCUGUUGCCUCCUGAAUCCUCAUUCAUUAGCAGUAAGCAAGAAUCUUCAGCAACUAAUCAAUGGCCUAUAGGGAUUGCAUCUCUUCUUCAGAAGCAAGAUAAAUCCUUAGAUGUUGUGAGCAAGCAAGAACCUUCAGCAACUAAUCAGUCGCCUGUAGGUCUUGCAUCUCUUCUUCAGGAGCAGAAGGAUAAGUAAGUUUGAAAGAUAUGCCUGAAACUAAGAGUUGCUAUGAUGUUGCAGCCUAUUUACCUGAUGUUCUCUGUUCCAUGAUCUCCAUUCUGUUACUUUUUAGUCUCGAAGGAUGAUGCUAUCAAACUACAUCUUCAAAAAGUUUGCAUAAGUUUUCCUUGAAACACAAACAAUGGCCAUUCAAUGAUAUCUUAAAUGCUAGUUUUGCUAGCCUUCA